AUGACAUCGAGGGUGGAGGUGAAUGUGACAUCUCUGAGGGAGAAGAUUGUACGUGCUUCACCAUUCGCGUUGAAGCUCUUCUUCCAAAUUUUAGAUGCAAUAUCACAACUUAUAAGGAUCGUGGUUGCUACAUUGAUGGAGGCUGCAUUUGCCGACCACAACUACAAUCCCCACAACAACUACAGAAUCGACCACGACUACAGUGCCGACCACAACUACAAUGCCGACCACAACUACAAUGCCGACCACAACAACAGUUCCGACCACAACUACAAUCCCGACCACAACUACAGAACCGACCACGACUACAAUGCCGACCACAACUACAGUGCCGACCACAACUACAAUGCCGACCACAACAACAAUGCCGCCCACAACUACAGAGCCGACCACAACGACAGUACCGACCACAACUACAGUGCCGACCACAACUACAGUGCCGACCAUAACUACAGUGCCAACUACAACUACAGUGCCGACCACAACUACAGUGCCCACCACAACUACAGAAACGACCACAACUACAAUGCCAACCACAUCUACAGUUCCGACAACAACUACAGUUCCGACCACAUUUACCGUUCCAACCACAACUUCAGUGCCCACCACAACUUCAGUGCCGACCACUACAACAGUGUCGACCACCACAACUACAUUGCCGACCACAACUACAGUGCCGACCACCGCAACUACAUUGCGGACCACAACUACAGUGUCAACCACAACUACAGUGCCGACCACAACUACAGUGUCGACCACAACUGUACCGGACACAACCUCGGUUACUGACACAACUGUUGUACCGCAGACAACAAACACGGUGCAGGACAACACUACAGUACAUGAUAAAAAUUCAACCACAAGUGCACAUGAAGAUUAUGCCUUUAUUACGCUUGUUGCUGUGAUACCAUCAGCCAUUAUUGGAAGCAUAAUCUUGGUUGUUGCAAUCGCGCUUUGUAUUGGUUGGCGACGAGCUCGAUCAAAAAAGCAUAUUUUGAGCAAGGCAGAUACGAACUCGGACCCUAGUUUCCCGCCUCAAAAAUGUAGUGUGUAUUCGGCCAGCCAAGAUAAUAACACUUAUCCGAGAUCUUACUCGUCGCCUGCUUUUGUUUCAAGAUACGGAACUAGAGAUACGGACCUAUGAAGAAUAUGAGUCCAUCUUCAUCAAAGCAAGGCUGUUGCUACAUGAGAUGAAUUGAAGACUGUGUUUUUUUGUUCUUAGCAUAAUUCUUCUGGAGUUUACUCUUUCUCUACUUGUUUGAUCCGAAAAUGUUUUUUGGGAAUAAUGACAAUCCCGAAUAAUGCUCUCAAAUACACGUGCUAUGCUAAAGCCUUAUCAAACAUAAAGCCGGACAAUCGUGUUUUAAAAUAUGUUUGAAACUAUACAAUAUAAUUGUACAUAGUAUAUUAUUUACAUGUAUAAGUUUUUGACAAAUAACCUUGAUGCCAUAUUUAUGUGUUCACGAAAAUGUAUGUGUCAUAAUAAAGCAAAUUAAUGAUUUACAAUACUGAAUUUCAAGUAAAAUAAUCACACAUGUAAGAACCUGAUGAAAUUUUCUGUUAUCAUAGAGUUAUUAUUGAGUGGUCGCGUGUAUCAGGAAGUUUGGGACUGGUAUAAGAAAUAUAAUGCUAGGUCAAAGAUGAAUAAGAUAUGUUUAUGUUCUGUCCUUGAAAACACAAACCAGUCGCAAAAGCUCAGGUUAAGGUUUUCCUAACGUCGUUUACUAAUCUCCAUUACAUACUAUUUGCGCGUUCACAAUAUGUGUGCACAUAAUCUAUUCUACAACCAAAUUAAUUCUUCACUCAGAAAAGAAUAAACGUUUUCAGUUGCACUAUUUGCAAACUUUGUGAUAGAUGAGGUAUGAGUAUAUUAUCUUCCUGUUCUAUCCAAACUUAAAAUGCAAACACAGUAACUAUAGAUGUGAGGAGAUUAUAAAAGCGCAAAUUACACUAUAUUCAUUUAUAUUUACUUUUUUAUAGUCCAAUAAUUCAAUGCAAAAUCAGCACAAAGUACUUUGUAAACAACCAAUGCAGCAAACACCUAUUUCGGAAAAGCCACACACACACAUGUUUGCCGAAAGUUAAUUUAGUUGUGUAUGGAUGUGUAGGGAUGUAUGGGGGCGGCAUAUUUGCUGUGUCAUAUGGUUUGGCUUUUUUUACUUUGGGUGCACAAAGGACCUCAUACUAAUAAUACAAUUUAUAUCAGUUUAGCCCAAGUUCGUUUCACUUUGUUUACAUUUUAGCUUAGGAGGAAGGCAAUGUAAAUGUACAUAAAUAACUCAAGUGUAAAUAGUUAAUAAAAAUAAUUGAAAAUGUGUUUUUUGUGUGUUUAGAUUAACUUUGUAUAGCUAUAUGGCGGUUGUCGUGGUUUGUUGUGAGUUAAAAUUUAGAACAUUAACACGGUUUCAAACACUAAACCAUAGGAAUCUGCCUACACCUUCAUGUCACGUUAUUGUAUGUCAAAAUUCGUCUUGAAUAGAUUUUGACGCAUAUGCUAUUUAUGCUAUUUUUUUAAUUUUAACGAACGAUGACUUCCAUAACUCAU